ACGAGAGGGACCGAACGGGAGGCGAAAACCGUGUGCGAAAAAAACAACUCGUGGUGGCGCCGGGUGCCUGAGUUUCUGAAUAGGUGUCCGUUUCAAAUGAUAUCAAAGCAAGAAGUUUCACUUUGCACAGGUGGAUGGGUGACUACCGGUCUCGGCGGCGCUUUGUGAGGAGGAGAUUAUGAAGAAUUUCAGCAACAGUCCCCUUCACAACAACCAGACUCCAAACCACGUUAGAGAUCGGAAAAACACAAAGUUCGGCUUUCUCUCAGCGGUUCCGUUGCGUUUUUCCCUGAGAGGUUAUGGUCUCUGUAUGGCUACUCUUUUUCUCUUCUGUUUUGGGUCUCUGUUUUACCAGUUGAAUGGAGGACCCCCCAAUAUUCUGCUGGACAUCCGACAGUAUCUCGGAGAGUCCACGUAUCUCGAUGACCACGGACCCCCAGCUCCCAGGGUUCUGCCGUUCCCCAGUCAGGUGGUGUAUAACCGCGUGGGGAAGUGUGGCAGCAGGACAGUGGUCAUCCUACUGAGGUUGCUGGCAGAGAGACAUCAGUUCAACCUUGUCUCCUCAGACAUCCACAACAAGACACGCCUCACCAAACAUGAACAGGUGGAUCUUAUGAGGAACAUCAGCAACAUUCCUCAGCCCUUCCUGUACACCAGACAUGUCCACUUCCUCAACUUCACCAGGUUCAGGAUAGAGCAGCCCGUCUACAUCAACAUCAUACGGGACCCCAUUAACCGUUUCCUCUCCAACUACUUCUUCCGACGUUUCGGGGACUGGAGGGGUGAGCAGAACCACCUCAUCCGAACACCAGGGAUGAAGGAUGAUGAGAGAUACCUGGACAUCAAUGUCUGCAUCCUGGAGAAUUACCCAGAAUGUUCCAACCCCAGACUCUUCUACAUCAUCCCUUAUUUCUGUGGACAGCACCCACAGUGCAGAGAGCCGGGAGUAUGGGCUCUGGAGAGGGCCAAACAGAACGUUCUAGAAAACUUUCUUAUCGUGGGGAUCCUAGAGGAGCUGGAAGAUGUCCUGCUCCUUUUAGAGAGACUGUUACCUCACUACUUUACUGACGUACUCAACAUUUACAAGAGCCCAGACUACAUGAAGAUGGGGAACAUGACUGGCACGGUGCGUAAACACACACCUACUCUGGAAGCUCUUCAGGUGCUAUACCACCGCAUGCGCUACGAGUAUGACUUCUACAACUUCAUCCGAGAGCAGUUCCACCUGAUGAAGAAGAAGAUUGGGCUCAAGUCGGUCUCCCGACCCACUGCCCACCAGGCCUCCUUCCUAAGAGAGCUGGCCGUCCGAACCCCAGAGCCCCUUGACGAAGAUGAGGAGCUGGAGACCGACCUCGAUGAUGCCAACAGCUGGUUCGUCCAGCCCUGACAGUUCCCGUGGCGACUGAAGACUUUACCAGCGGCUGGUUGGCUGGAGGUGGCAUGAGAAGGGGGCGGGGAAUACGCCCUGUCUGUCAGCAUUCCCAGGAGGACGAUUGGUUGGGGGUGUGUGGAUCCUGUUGCCUGUGUUUUUACGGGCUCCAUUUUCCGUUUGGCUCGGACUCUCUGCUCACGGCUGAGGACCUUGGGAGUGGGCGGAUGGUUGGAUGGAUGGACUAACUGCCAUAUUUAAAGAUUGACUAGAAUAAUGGAAUCUGUAAAAAUAUAACUUUGGUUGUUUUAAGGUUUGAUUUGACAGAUGUCGAAAUGAUAUAAGACGGUCAAAUGGCAAGAAGAGCACCCAACUAUGAAUUCAGAGAAUUCCAUAUGUGUGCCUAUGUUUGGAUUUGACAUUUGUCAAACUGACAAUAUAUGAAGAUGAGUUGAAUAUUUUGGGACAUAACUAGGGAAAUAUUGAGGAAAUAUUAUGUUGAUUGGUGAAAGUGUAUGUUUGUCCUCAAUUGUCGAUGUUUCCAUAAGACAGAGCAUUAAUGUUUGACAUCCUACAACAACAACAAAAACAACACUCAAAUAAAAAUAUAUUUUUUAAAGAUAGAGCUGAAGGAUGAAACAUUUUAAUCCAAAGCUUUACCUGAACUCACCAAGUGAAAUAGCCAUUGGUUAAGUCUUAACACACUGCACUUCAUCUUAUUUGAUGUGGUUCAACUUCAGAUGUCUACUUUGUUUUCUCUGUCUCCAAACUCUCUCCUGACUCAGUUCCACAGUAUUCCAUAGUGCAGCCAUCGUGUUACACUUUGGACAUUUUAGAUAACUCAACAUCCAGAUAAUAAAUGGCCACAACAACAAGCUAUUACCUAGCAUUAGUACCUACAGUAUGCCAUACGACAUGCCAAUCUAAUAUACAGAUUGUGUUAAGGCCUAUGUAGUCAUUGUCAUUGUCUUCCGUGUGGAUUUUCUUUUUGACAGUUUAAUUUAUUAUUAUUACUAUUAUGUAUUCAUUUGCAUUUCAGAUAAGAUUCUCAGGAAAAAAAAGGUUUCUUACAAAGCUGAAAUAAUUUGUACUUUUAGGAUUCUUACAACUAUCUAGUUAUUCAUACUAUCUAAAGAUGAGUCAAAGGUCCAAAAUAAAAUAUGAACAGCUUAAGGAAAUGGCGAAACCUGUUUUACAAUGAAUGGAAUCCAUGUAUUUCAAUCUCCUCAGACAGUUUUCAAAAUAAAAGCCUAACA